UUGAGUGUAUAUGAAAUUGUGAAUCACGCAAUCUACUUGCAUUCAGCGACUCCACCAUGUCGAGACUUCGUUCAUCCAAGAACAGGUGUUUCGGAUUGUCCUCAACGUAAGCACUUGUGUGAAAAUACCGUCUACCGUCAAUUAAUGGCUGAGCAGUGUCCGUUAACGUGCAAUAAAUGUAAUGGUGCAACUAAUAAUGUAAGGCCAUCAGGUAAGCCACUGAUUGCAUUUUCUUACGCACAGCUUCAAUAGAA